ACAAAAAAGAAGUGGUAAAUUUUUUCUACCUCGUGGUAGUCAUGGGGAUGGUUAUAGGAGUAUUUUUCUUUCCCUUUUUCCCCACUUUUCUGGGUUUUCUUUUUUUUUAUUACAGUACUUUUGCUACUAUAAUCAAAGAAAAAAAGAGAUAAAAUAGCUUAUGAUUGGAUUAAUGAAUUUCUUUCCUAGAGAGUGAAACAAAAUGGGAAAAUACAUGGAAUGAAAUAUCCCCUGGCUCUGGUGGCAGGCUGUUCACUGUAUUGCAGUGCGAGUUGCGUCUCACACUGUUCCUUUCUUCACAAAUCACAAUUUUAUUACAAAACCAAAACCCGAAAAAGAAAAAAGAAUCUACUUUUUAUGUUUCUGUUUGUAUAGUUUUGUGAUGGGCACGUUGUCCUUUGGAGAUGUGGGCGGUGAUUCUCCUGCUCCGCCUCUGCCUCUGCCGCUGUGGGGAUUGCCGAUGUAUGAAUGAAUCAAUCAACCUUCAUAUCCCUUUUCAAUCCCACCGGGACCUUGUGAUUUCCUUCUCUGUAUCUCUCCCGUCUUUUCCACAGUAAAGGAAGGACAGAAAAAGUUUUUGUGCCCUUUUUGACACAAUCAAACUUGUCGCUUGUUCUUCUUAGUCUUCGUCUUCGUGUCCUGUUCUCAUUCCUCUUUCCCGUGUUGAAUUUGACCCUUCAUUUUCGUUUUCAUCUCGAUCUUUUCUUGCUCUCCGUACUCCCAUAUAUACGUACUUGUCUCUGUGCUUUGAUGGGCUUUUGUUGAAUGUUGAUUAUCAUUCCUAAAGCCUUCAGCUUUUGAUCAAUUUAGAAUCCUUUUGCAUGCUAAUUGAAGAUUCCUUUUUCAUUUCAUUUCAUUUAGAUUCUCAACUGCUUGAUUGCGUUUCCUCAUUUCUGAUUUUGAUCUUUACCUUUCUCAUAGUUGAAGCUUUUGGGUGUGGGAAUCUAUGAGAUUGGAAUUAAUCGUACGAAGAGCUUUCCGUUGUAGGUGUGGCAGUUGUGUGGUGGUUUUUUCUUAAAAAAUGGACGCUAAUCCCACAAAAGCCAAGGAACAGCGAGCACGCGGCUGCAACCCCGUCAAGAAAUCCGGACCAGUCACGAUGGACCACGUUUUGUUGGCCCUUGAAGAGACCAAGGAAGAGAGGGACCAGAGAAUUCGCAGUCUCUUCAAUUUCUUUGAUUCUGCCAAUGCCGGCUUUUUGGACUAUGCCCAGAUUGAGGCUGGUUUAUCUGCUCUCCAAAUUCCCUCCGAGUACAAGUAUGCAAAGGAUUUGCUCGACGUGUGUGACGCUAACAUGGAUGGCCGUGUGGAUUAUCAGGAGUUUAGGCGCUAUAUGGAUGAUAAGGAGCUCGAGCUUUACCGUAUUUUUCAAGCCAUUGAUGUUGAACACAAUGGUUGCAUUUUGCCUGAAGAGCUUUAUGAUGCUCUCCUCAGGGCAGGAAUUGAAAUUGACGAUGAGGAGCUAGCUCUGUUUGUUGAACGUGUGGAUCAGGAUAAUAACGGAGUUAUAACGUUUAAAGAAUGGAGAGACUUUCUUCUUCUCUACCCUCAUGAAGCAACUAUUGAAAACAUUUAUCAUUACUUAGAAAGGGUAUGCCUUGUUGAUAUCGGAGAACAGGCUGUUAUCCCUGAGGGAAUUAGUAAACAUGUACAUGCAAGCAGAUACCUGAUUGCAGGUGGAGUGGCUGGGGCAGCUUCUCGGACAGCAACUGCACCUCUUGAUCGUUUGAAGGUUGUUUUGCAAGUUCAAACUACACGAACACAUAUCAUGCCAGCAAUAAGAGAUAUAUGGAGGGAAGGAGGAAUAUCGGGGUUUUUCCGUGGCAAUGGAUUAAAUGUCUUGAAAGUGGCACCUGAAAGUGCCAUCAGGUUCUAUACAUAUGAAAUGCUGAAAGAAUUUAUUAUGAAAGCUAUGGGGGUAAAAGAUAAGGCAGAAAUUGGUGCUGCAGGUCGCCUAAUUGCUGGUGGCUUAGCUGGUGCUGUGUCGCAGACUGCCAUUUAUCCGAUGGAUCUUGUAAAAACCCGAUUGCAAACAUAUUCUUGUGAAGGUGGAAAAAUUCCUAACCUUGGAGCAUUGUCUAAGGAUAUAUGGAUUCAGGAAGGACCCCGGGCAUUUUAUAGAGGACUUGUUCCAUCUCUUCUUGGGAUAAUUCCUUAUGCAGGCAUUGAUCUUGCUGCAUAUGAAACUUUGAAAGAUAUGUCCAAGAAGUAUAUUCUUCAAGACAGUGAACCUGGUCCUCUUGUGCAACUGGGAUGUGGCACAAUAUCUGGAGCUCUAGGGGCAACAUGUGUCUAUCCAUUGCAGGUUGUCCGAACAAGGUGAAUCAGGCUUUUCAUUCAAUGCAGGCUCAGCGCCGCCCUAAUACUGGUGCUGCUUACAAGGGAAUGUCUGAUGUGUUUAAGAGAACAUUUCAACAUGAAGGGAUUAGGGGUUUCUACAAAGGAUUAUUUCCUAAUAUGCUCAAAGUUGUUCCAUC